AUGUCUUCGUCACCUUCUUCUUCGGAAGACCAAAGGGGAAGAGGUAGACAAUUUGAAAGGGGAGAAACUUCUAUUUCUUCUGCUUCAACUUCAGUUGGUCGUACUCGUCUUCGGCGUGGUAGGCAAAGAUUGUCUGGUAAUAGUAGAGACGAAGUAUGGCCUGAGCCAUUCAUUGAAGCUCUUGCUUAUCAAGUUGCUGUAAAUGCUGCUUCUUCUGCUUCUCCAACAAGUGUUACUCUCCGUAGGCUCUCUGCUGCUCCUGCCAUUUCUACCCUCUUUCAGGUAUGUUCUGCUUGGCGUGCCAUAUCACACUCCAACCUUUUGUGGCAUAACCUAACAAAUAGGAUUUGGGGUGGAGAUAGCCUAGUACAUAAUACAUGGAGAGAAGAGUAUAUAUACCGUCAUUGUACUGCGUACAACUUUCGUAUAUCUAGGUCUUUGUAUUCUACUCUCAACUACGAUCCCAACGUCGACAACAGCGGUCCCCUUGCAUGUCGGUGCCUCACUCUAUCAGACUCACAUCUUGCAUGCGGUUUUGACGAUGGUUCUGUCCGUCUAUUCAACUUGAUUUCAAGGCUCCAUGUCAGCACAUUUCAUCCACAUCACCGAGAUCGUCUCGGCCGAUUCUCUCGUGCCGUUACAGGAAUCGUUCUCACAGACACACGUGUUAUCUUUGCUUCACUUGAUGGUGACAUCCACGUGGCGGUCAUUGGUUUAGUAGGUACACGUCGUGCCCAAUUAGGGGACAUGGUGAAUGACGGCACUUUGGUUGAUUUCAAUGGAUGUAAUCGGUGGUGGUUAGGGCUUUAUGCUGGUGCUCCUGGCCGAUCAUUUCACGUAUGGAAUGGUGAAAAUGAAGAACUUGUUUUUGUUGGUGGGACUUUGACCGAUCCAGAAUCAGUAAUGGGUUGGCACUCGCUGUCUGAUGAGUUAACCGAGCCACUUGGACGGGUCAGGGUUACUUCUACUGUUGAGAAUGAUGUUGCUGUGGCAUGUACUGGUAUCAGAUUAAUGGCAUUUGAUCUGACAAAUCUAGGGUCUGUAUUAAACGAUGAACAAUUUCAGCGAGUUGGUUUAAUAGUUUCUUCUGUUGACGUCAGCAAUAGAUUGUUAAUGGUGGUUGAUAACCGCCGAAUUGCCAGCGUCCGCAGAGUGGAUAACUUCGAGGAAGUGUGUGCCUUUACAGUGGAUGAUGGUGGUGGUGCCAGGAGAGGAGGUUUGAUUGGGUGCAUGAACGGUGGAUGUGUGUUUAUAUGCAGUGGAGGUAAUAUAAGAGUAUGGGAUGCGUUGUAUGGUGAAUACGUGAGCAGUUUCAGAGAAAGAUUGGAAGGAGAAGUGAAUGCGUUAAUAGCUAAUGAAAGACAUGUGGCUGCUGCAUGUUCAUCAGAUAUGACUAUACAUCUGUGGGAUUAUAGUGCUCCUUAGAACUUCACACUUUGCACCCAAAACUGCAAAGCUUUGUGCGCCUAGUUUUAAUCCAUACGGCUCUAGCAAGUUCUUGACAUAUAGCUAUUUAGCCAUUGAAAAGUGGGGAAGACCUCUAAAGAAAACAAGCAAUUUGUUCCUUUUUGCUAAAUGUGGUUUACAGAUUAACCCAGCUAAUUCAUACAAGGCUGCGUAGAGUAGCCGUGGCAGCAAAUAAAUACGGUACAGCGACGAAGGAAUCUGAGGUAGUGACCUUUAAGAAGAAGGUCAGACCUCUCGACGUUAGUCAAAGUGAUCAUUAACCUAAUGAGAAGUUCGAAAUGUUACUUUUCUUUCAAA